GUGAGGAAAAGCCUCUCUCAUCCCAUUCACUUCUGAACCCACCUUCUGCACACUUCCAACCCAAACCAAUCCCCACACACAUGCAUGCUGUCUCUCCCAACAACUCAUAACACACCAUACCCGAUUACUCCUUCUCUCUUUCUUUCUUUUCUUUCUUUCAUUCACAGCCACUUCCUCUGUCCCUCAUCUUUUCUUUCUCACCAUGGAACAUCAUAAACCGUUGUUACCUACUUCCUCUCACGCCGCUCCAACCCCAACCACUCGCAAGGACCUUCUUUUCAUCGUUUGCGGCUUGCUCUUCCUCUCUUCCCUCGUCGCCUAUGGGGGUUACAGGGCCUCCGGCGUGCCUCAUACUCACGUUUCAUCACCUACAUCCAACCAUCAACAAGAUCACCAAAGUCCCACAUCGCUGCUUUCUUCCCAAUGGUACCCUGUUUCAAGGGGUGUUUCUUCCGGGGUGUCGGAGAAGUCAUCGAACUUGUUAUUCGCCAGUGAAGGAGGAGCUUCCGAAGCUUUUCCUUGGGACAAUAGCAUGUUGUCUUGGCAGAGAACUUCUUUUCAUUUCCAGCCAGAGAAAAACUGGAUGAACGAUCCUAAUGGUCCUAUGUACUACAAGGGAUGGUAUCACUUUUUCUACCAAUACAAUCCGAACGGUGCAGUUUGGGGUGACAUAGUUUGGGGACACGCGGUGUCAAGGGACAUGAUCCAUUGGCUUCACCUUCCAUUGGCAAUGGUGGCUGAUCAAUGGUAUGACAAGCAAGGCGUGUGGACAGGCUCAGCCACCAUCUUACCAAAUGGUGAAAUCAUCAUGUUAUACACAGGUUCUACCAAUGAGUCAGUGCAAGUUCAAAACCUGGCAUACCCUGCUGACCCCUCUGACCCUCUGCUUCUGGAUUGGAUCAAACACACCGGGAACCCGGUUUUGGUCCCACCACCAGGCAUUGGUGCCAAGGACUUUCGUGACCCUACAACUGCAUGGCUCACCUCUGAAGGAAAGUGGCGCAUAACCAUAGGAUCCAAGCUUAAUAAAACUGGCAUUGCUUUGGUUUAUGACACUGAGGACUUCAAGACCUUUGAGCUUAAGGAGGGGCUGCUUCGAGCUGUCCCUGGCACUGGCAUGUGGGAGUGUGUCGACUUCUUCCCUGUGUCCAAGAAAAAUGGAAAUGGAUUGGAUACCUCUGUUAAUGGGGCUGAGGUCAAGCAUGUCAUGAAGGUCAGCUUGGAUGAUGAUAGACAUGAUUACUACGCCAUAGGGACUUACGAUGAUAACAAAGUUCUGUUCACACCAGAUGAUGUUAAGAAUGAUGUUGGUGUUGGUUUAAGGUAUGACUAUGGAAUAUUCUAUGCAUCCAAGACAUUUUUUGAUCAGAACAAGAACAGGAGAAUUUUGUGGGGUUGGAUUGGAGAAUCUGACAGUGAAUAUGCAGAUGUUACCAAAGGCUGGGCUUCAGUUCAGAGUAUUCCAAGAACUGUGAGGCUUGAUACGAAGACUGGCAGCAACUUACUUCAGUGGCCUGUUGCUGAGGUGGAGAGUUUGAGAUUGAGAAGUGAUAAAUUCAAAAGUUUGAAGGCAAAACCAGGGUCAGUGUUGUCACUAGAUAUUGAAACAGCCACACAGUUGGACGUUGUUGCGGAGUUUGAGAUAGACACGGAAUCCCUACAGAAAACAGCUGAAUCCAAUGAGGAGUUCACAUGCAGUAGCAGCGGUGGAGCUGCACAACGUGGUGCCUUGGGACCUUUUGGUCUUCUGGUUUUGGCUGAUGAGGGGCUUUCUGAGUAUACUCCUGUGUAUUUCUAUGUCAUUAAAGGAAGAAAUGGAAAUCUUAGGACUUCCUUUUGCUCUGAUCAAUCAAGGUCUUCUCAGGCAAAUGACGUUCGCAAGCAAAUCUUUGGGAGCGUUGUUCCAGUACUUAAAGGCGAAAAGUUUUCCAUACGGAUGCUGGUGGACCAUUCUAUUGUUGAAAGCUUUGCUCAAGGUGGAAGAACGUGUGUAACAUCUCGGGUUUAUCCAACAAAGGCAAUCUAUGGAGCUGCUAGAUUGUUCUUGUUCAACAAUGCUACUGAGGCCACUGUGACAGCCUCACUCAAAGUUUGGCAAAUGAAUUCUGCAUUUAUACGCCCAUUCCCAUUCAACCCAGAUCAGAAGAGCUAAAGUUCAAUUUGGAGAUGAAAGAUUUAUAGUCACAAAGGAUUGGAAAACAUCUUGGGUUGGCAAUAUGUGCUUAUCAACAACUGUAAUGACCUUCCCUUAAACCCAGAUAAAGUUAUGGGUUCUUCUUCAACGCCGAUUCUUUCAUUUUUGCCCAGUUAUGUUCAUCACAUGUUUAUUGUAAUUUGAUCUCUUAUCAUAUGCAAUUUUAGCUUACUUGAGAAUAUGUUCCUCAAAGAAAUAUGAUGUUAAUGUUCUCC